GGUUAAUUUAAGUUAAAAGAGCUAGCCAGAAAAGAGCUAAGGCCAAUCAUUCCAAACUAACAAUAAGUCUCUGUGUCAUGAUUUGGGAACUGGUUGAUGGCCCAAAAGAAAAAGCCUGGUACAGAGGAAGAAGGAGAAUUUGCACCAUUCAGAAAGAUUACCUGAGCUGAUGACAAACACCAUCAAUUACAGAUGAGCAAACUGGAUCAAUGGGACAUGGAAGCACGUAUUGACAAAAUGGGGAUUCCAAUGACUGCAUUCAUACACAGCCUGACCCACGGGGCAAAGGACUAAGGCAACUAAAAGACCCUCAUACUCCAGCCAAUCAUGUUGCCACUUUGGGCACUUCUUAGAUUUUUUUCCUCUGUGCAUGCCCUUAGAUUUAUAGCUUUUUGUUUUGUAUUUAUUGUCUGCCAGUUGAAGGCACAUGUAUCUUUACAGAGUGAAACAAGACUUUCUGUCAUUUUCAAAGUAGAAAGUAGGAUGACUUAACUUACCAGUGGUCUCAUCACUCCCAAAUAACCACAAUUCACACAAAACCAAUAGAGUUUUUCAAAGAAAAUUAUCCAUCAUUUUUUUCUGAACAAUAAUUAAACUUUAUGGUAAAAAGCAGCACAAAAAGAAACAAAAGAAAAGCUUGGUGCCAAUUCUCAUUCUCUUCUGUUUAGGUAAACUAUAAACACUUACUAUGUAUGGAUAAUGUAGUUUGCUAAUUUAAUUAAUGAAUUUGUGGUUUUUCUCUGAAAUUCAAAUCUUGAAGAUGUUAAACUUCUACACAUUUAUUCUUCUUUGAGCUACAGUCUCGGCUACUCAAGAGGCUGAGGGAGGAGGACUGCUUUAGUUCAACAGUGUGAGGACAGCCUGGCGGCGGCGGUGCACACCUUUAAUCUCAGCACUUCGGAGGCAGAGGCAGGUGGAUCUCUGAGUUAGAGGCCAGCCUGGUCUACAUAGUGAGUUCCAGAACAGGCAGGGCUAUGAAGAGAGGCUCUGUCUCAGUAUAAAACUAACUAAAUAAAUAAAACAAAAAACCUGAGGUACUAAGUUAUUUGAUUGAGGUUUCACAGACAGGAAGUGAAAACUGGAGUUUGGAUGCCAUAGUUCAAUGUUAAAAUGCAUAUCCUAAAGCAUGCACAGCUCUGAUCCUGGCAAUGAAGACAUAAGGGCAGCACUGAGAUUCCACUGUAUGAGUUGUCUGACACAGGCAACAUUUUGGCCCUAAGCUCCAGUAGGCGGCUCUAGGAUCCAUGUUGGGGGUUGGGAGUUCUGUGUUCUAUGAUGUAGUGAUGACCUCAAAAAACUGCCACUAAACUGAAGAAAAUGGAAUGGCUGCUGGAAGACCUGUUCAAGGCUAAGGGAGAUAUGGGGCUUCUCCAAGGCCAGCUGACUCAUGCUCUGGCCUGCAGACACUGCAGCAGCAGCAUCUGUCUCCAAAGUCCAGGGAAUCUGGUGAUACUAUUCUUGUUCAUGGUUUGGCAGAUCCGAAGAUGGUGGCAGCUUGGGAAAUGGCAAAAGUUUCAGUCCUGGUGCUCUGGAGACAUAAUGAUGCAAGGCAAGGGACUACAACUUCUGCACCAUUUGGCCUUCCUUGAUUGCCUGUGGAAGCAAAAGUCAGAGGAGGAAGAGGAAUAUGGGGAAGAGAAGGAAGAAGAAUCAUUAUCUCUGGACCCACUAAAACCAUAUUCUCCUUCCAAAGACGCUCCCACUGGAAAUGAAUUCACUGCAGCCCCACGCCAGCCAUCAUGUAGUUCUGAGGGCCUCCUAAAGGCCACAGAGAUACGAGAACAAGUCCCCACACAACCUUCAAGCCCUUCCAGAUCCUUCCCUACUUUCCAGAUCCUGACCAACCUACCUGUGAGGAACAAGAUAGCUUCAGGGAAUUCCCUGCAGCAGAGAAAAAGCCAGCUCUUCUGGGGUGUUCCCUCGCUACACAGUGAGUCCCUGGAGGUUAUUUUCCUGAGCUCAGAUAGCCCUUCUCCACUAAAGUUGUCUAUUUGUCCCUCUGUCUUCUUCAACAAGGUUGCCUUCGUGCCUGUGUACAACUUGCUGCUUCUCUAUUAUCACUCCCCAACUUACUAUCCUACCCCUGAAGCCCACACUAUGAGAAAUCUGGAAGGAAUGGUACCUGGUUCUCAACUAGUUCAAUCUCCACCUUCCCCUCUUAUCCCAUCAGUAUCCUCCAAUCUUAAACCUUUGCCUAUGGGUUGCAAGGGAAUUGUAUCUGACACUGAGACACAAACACAGUGGUUUACCCCACAGAAAGAGGUUCCUUGUGUCUCUAAGAAUCAAGCCCUGCACUCACAGCCUGAACUCCAAAAAACCAGACCUUCCACACUCUUCUAUUCAUCUGAGGCUUGGAGGGAGAUGCCAGGGGAUCCCAGCCUCCACCAACACAAUCCAGAAUCACCUUCUGCCUCUCUGUUGUAUCCUUCUAAUCCUCAGGAAGUCCUAACUAGGUUUGAGGCCCCACAGAUAACCAUGAAACAACAUGAGCACCCAAAAGUUUCUGAAUCUGCAAUGCCAACUACAAGCCCACCCCCAAUUUCCUUGACAGAAUACCAGACAGCGAACCCUAUAGGAGACCUGUCUGAAUUGAAAACUCUCUGGGAAACCACAGUGCAAAAAGAGAACCCUCAGAUCUAUGAGCUUCCAAUCUCGGCUCCUUGCCAAUUCAUAGUACCCAUGACAGACCCUCAAGGAACUGGCCCUCCAGGAACUCCCCGUGGAUAUGAAGCUCAGUGGGGAAUCAUACAACAUAAAGACAGUCCCCAAGCUUCUGAUCCCCCAAUGUCAGCCUCCUGCCAACCAUCAGGUUCUCUGUCAGAAGUAAACAAUAUUAACCCCAAAGGAAGACUUUCUACACCCAAGGACUUCUGGGGAAACAUGGGAGAUAAAGAGAAACCAUCUGUUUCUAAGUGUCCAGUGCCAGCCCCCUGCCUUCCUCUAGACACCCUGUCAGAACACCAGAAAGAGAGUCCCCUGGAGGAUCUGUGUGGAUACGAGCCUCAACGGCAACACUCAGGGAAUCUUGGAACACAAAGGGAAAACUCAGGCAAUCUCUGGGCCUCUGAAACCCCAACCCUGAACUUCAACAUGGGGUUCUAUGAAACCACCCCUGCAUGUGUCCCAUUGGGAUCGGAGACUCCAUUGAAGGGUAGAUCUAGUACAGAAAAUCUUUGUGUCUAUGCAGACCUAGUUUCAUCUCCUAACCUUCCCUCUGCCUCUCUUCCAGACUUUGCAAUGGGCCCCCAAAGAGUCUUUUUAGAGUCCAAAGCUGUGUGGGAAACAAAGGAGCAGAGAAGGAAUCUCUGGGUGUUUGAUUCCCCAUGUCCUGCCCAUACACCACCUCUAGCCCCCUUUAUAAAACCACAAAGAAUCAAUACUGUGCAUGACUUCCCUAGAUCAGAAGCUACAUGGAAGGAUACUGAGCAUACAAGAAAAUGUUUGUCUUCUGAGCCUCCAUUGCUGAAUCUCAACCCAUCCCCAACUCUUGUACAGUCGCCCCUCAGAGUUAGCUCCAUAGAAAACCCACUUAAAUCUAAAGUUUGGUAUGGGGACAUUCAAAGAAAAAAUAACUUCUUGGCUUCUGAGUGUCCAACUCAAAGCUCAUUCCAACACCUGCUUAGAGCCAGAUCCUCAGGAGUCCUAUCUAAGCCUGCUGGAGGAUACAUGAAGCAGAAUGAAAACUGUUUUGUUUCUGUAUCCUCAGUUUGGGAAUCUAGCCCACCUCCAAAUUCUGUUUCCAAGUCUCACAUAAGUGAGCCUUCUGGAGAUCAGUGCAACUGUAAACCUAUGGAAUCUGCAGUAGAACAGAGAAAGGACUCCUGGGCCACUGAGCUACCAGUCCCCAGCUUUCUCUCUACUCCAACACAUGAGCCACACUCCAACACUGAGUUUGUAUGUAGAAGUAUACAAGAAAUAGAGGCCUCCCAGGCCCCCAGUCCUCAAGUAGUGAUUCCUCUGCAACCAACAUCCUGGCCUCCCAUUCAAGCUAGAACUCAGAAGUCUGAGCCUACCCAGACUGGCCUACAGAAGGAAAAGAUGGUCUCAGAAGCCAAGGCAAAGGCUCCAUCUCCCCAGGGUGGGGCUGUCUCAGGGGUGUGUGACCACCCUGUGAACCAUCCCUGGCAAUGGAGUAGAGAACUAGAGCUCAGACUAAAGAAACUCCAGCAGAGCACCACUUCCAAAUCCCCAGGCCCACAUCGCUCACUUCGCAGCUGCCCAGCUCUUAAUUCCCCAACUCCAGAAUCUUGGGGACUUUCCUCCUGUCCCCCACAUCAGACUCAUCCUCUCAAUCUGGACCCCUGUUCUUCAAGUGCUGACCCCCCAAAAGUUCAAAGGGCAGAACCUCAGCCUGCCCAGGCCCCUCAAUGCUCAUCUUCCAGCAGAGCAGAGCAAGAGUCUCCAAAAAACAAGAGGAUGAAACGGAAGGUAGCAGUCCAGAUCCCACCCCCAGGGCACGUUCAUACAAAGGCUACUGAAAACUACUCAGAUACAGGGGUUCUAGUCUCUAACAGGAGACAAGAUAAGACUUUAGUACUACUUUCAGCCCCAAAGAAAUGGAGUCCCAGAAAAUCCAAAGCAGAGAAAUGUGGAGGAGGGACUGCAAGAUUGGAAUCAUCCACUGCCACAGGGAAAAACAACCUUGCCCAGGCCUGCAGACCAACAGAAGCCCCUAUACACAGACUUUCUAAAAAGUCUCAGUAAAGAACUCAGCAUUCUCAACACACUGUUAUUGCUCAGCAGCUUCUCCCAAAUGCUGCUGGUCUCCAGGAUCAACAAAGAGCAGGCCUAAUAGCUGGUGAUACCCAGAAUCCUCACUAUUGUAAGCAUUGUCCUUGGGCCCCCAUGGAGAAGCAGCUCCCAUCCUCCACACCCCAGGCUCCCCCUACCAGAGGUUUUCAAAGAUUGUUAGCUAAAUUUCUAGGUGUCCCUAGACCCCUGCUGCCUAAAUCCAGUCAGUAAAGUAUGAUAGUCCUGGUACCCAGUAUCCCACAGCCCAAACCAAACCAGGUGUGGGUAUGGAUAUAGAGACAAAUAGAGAAAAAACUAAUAAAGUAGUUCAACUAGACAAAUCCCAGUUAUGUCUUCUUUAAAGUCUAGGUUACUAAAGAUGUCAGCUCCCUAUUCUUCUAGAGCCAUAUCCUCUACUGACUAGGUUCUAGAGCACUGGUUCUCAACCGGAGAGGUUGAGCAGCCCUUUCACAUGGGCUGCCUAAGACUAUUGGAAAAACACUAUAGUUCCUAACAGCAGCAAUUAUGGUUAGGGAGUAGCAGAACAUGAGGAACUGUAUUAAAGGGCCACAGCAUUGGGAAGAUUGAGAACCACUGUUCUAGAGAAAGAAUGAAGCACUCUGCAGUUUUUUCUUUUUCAGACUUUUAGGAGUCCACAGGUCUAUAUUCUCUAGGGUAAAGCUGCAGACGAACAGUCUGGUGCUGUUCUUAAGAGACAAACACUUUAUACCAAGUGAAAGAAAAAUGCAUCCAUUCACCUAAGUACCAAUGAUAUAAACAACUGUAGUUUGUAUUACACAUAGUCCGUCUUUUCAUCUAUUUGAUUUAUAAAUUCUGUUGUUUUGAGGACAGGGUCUUGCUAUAACCCAGACUAGUCUCCCAGCUUAUUAUCCUCCCACCUCAACUUCCCAAGCUCACAGACUCCAGGUGUGUGCCACCAUGUUUAGCUUCUGUAUCUUUCUAAUCAUUUCUUUUCAGCUUUACAUCUCAAUCCUGCUCUUCUCUCUCCUUGAAUCAGCUAAUUUGCCCCCAAGGCCACAAAAACAAGUGUCUUCACAUUUUGGACCUGUAUUGAGACUUGUGACUUGUCUGUUUUUGUUUACUAUUUGUUUACUGGAGAUUAAAUCUAGGGCCUUGCAGUGCUCAGCAAGUGCUCUACCACUUGGCUAAACCCCCAAUCCAUUUUCACAUGUUCAAUAAUUGCUGAUUUACAGGUUUUACCCGUUUUCUGGUGCACUGUUUGUUGGGUAUGUACUACUUUCUCUGGUGGAUAAAACAAUUCAGACAAAACACGUUUGCCCAAAGUCCAACACAUCUCAUACAGCUAAAAACAAGGGAUUGACAGAGAUGCUGUUCCUUUCGGCCUUGUCUUUUCCCAGCUUCUGGAGAAUCCUCACGAACCUUGGCUACUAGCUCCCUUUCCCCAUUUCCAAAGCUAUCAAAGGCAAGACAGGUCUUUCUCAUAUUCCAUCUCUCUAGCCUCUCUUGUCUCUCUCUUCCUUUUGGGGGAGGAGGACUGGGGAUUGAACCCAGGCAGGAUCUUCAAAAUUCAAGGAAAAUGCUUUACCACUGAGCUAUCUCCCUAGCCCUUCUUCUUCCACUUUAAGGAUCCUUGUAAUUAUGUGAACCUACCUGUACAAUCCUAGGCAUUGCCUGGUUUACCAAACCCAGGGCUUUAGCCGAGGAUAGGCAAGCACUCUAAGUUAUAGGCCCAGGCUCCACAUCUGUCUUAAAAAUCAGAUGAUGGA